AGACAGAGAAGGAUACAGGAUAUUAAUAAAAUACAUAUAUACUACUGGGUUAAGUGAAAGGAUUUAAAUAUAGAAUGCGGAUGCUCUAUUCUAUUCUGGAUCUUCAGGAGACCACGGAUUUAGUCUGGAGGAGCUGAACACGCAGCGCCAGGUGGAGCCUGGGGAGAAGGAAUGGGAUGGAGCAUCGAAUAAUUAUUUAAGUAGGAAUAGUUGUGUAUAUACGUGUGUAAGAACAGGAAAAGCAAAAACAAGGAAUACAUUGAUCAUAAAUCAACCAUGACUGCAUAACAGCAAAAGUAGGUGGCGAUAUGCACACAGGAUGUGACACGCCAAAAAACGGAAGAAGAAGAAGAAUUCUGGGCCUUGUCACCUGGCGUAAUAGGUCAGCUGCAAAUGAUCACGUGACUUGUGUCCGUUACAGCGCUUCGGUCGCAACAGUCCGUGGGACGUCUGUAGGAGGCUGAUUCCGCAGUCACAACAUUUGGAAACAUCGUUGGAGGAGCUUUCCUUCUGGUCCUGACUCUCAGAACUUUUUGCCGAGGGGCAUUUCCACCCAGCCCGUCUAAUUCGCCAUCACAAUGCUGAACUUCUGUCCUCAGUGUGGCUCAAAGGUACAGCCUGGUUUCAGAUUCUGUCCGUCCUGUGGUGGGAGACUGCCUGAAGACCUACCAGAAGCUGUAGCUUCACAGCCACCCGAACCACAUCCAAACUCCGUGCUUUCAACUGUGAGCGCCAUGGAAGUCGAUCCUGCUGGAGACUCCUCACAAUCUGCACUGAAUCGCCCACCUUUGUUCUCAACACGGCAGAAGACCUUGAGUAGCACAGCCACAGACUCAUUAGAUAAGAAGUCACUGAAAUCUCCACGAAAAAGAAAGGCAUCCCCCCAGGUUAAAGAACAAGAGGAGGUGAAUCAAACUUUUUUGGCUACAUUUCAAACUCCAGAUAAGACAUCUUCGAUGUCACCUCGAAAACAGAAGGCUUCCCCCCAGGUUAAAGAUGAGGAGGCGAAGCAAACAUCUUCAGUUAUUCAAAGCUCAUUCAAAUGCAAAGCCAGGAAGCGAGUGUGCGCUGUUGAGCCUGUCCCAGAGGGUACAGUGGUUUGUGACCAGUCCAGCAAAAAGUGGAAGCUGGUUGAACUUCUGUGGCAAACAGAAUUAGAUCUGACAUAUGCAGUCUGCCAGGCAAAUCAGCACGCAGACUCAAAUGAUUGCAAGUACAUGUUGCGACUGGGGGCUAAAGAGGGACACCUGUUUAAUGAGCAGAACUUCCAUCUGAGAGCAGCCAAAACUGAUGCAGUGGAGAAAUGGUUGAAACUGCACAAAUUGGACUUCCUUGGGAUUCCAUCCUGUGUAGGGUUCGGUCUUCAUGAAGCAUAUAGGUUUUUAGUUUUUCCUAGCAUGGGUCAAACUCUACAGACAGUCAUGGAUGAAGGGAACGAUUUUCUAUCUGAGAAAGCUGUGCUCCAGCUUGCACUGCGACUAUUGGAUGCACUGGAAUUCAUCCACGAGAAGGAAUAUGCCCAUGCAGACAUCCAUGCUGGAAAUAUUUACAUCAACACUAACAGUCACACAGAGGUUUUCUUGUCAGGCUUUGGUCAUGCAUUUAGGUUUUGCCCUGGUGGAAAGCAUGUAGAGUACAGACAGGGUAGCCGCACUGCACACCAGGGUAACAUCAACUUUAUCAGUGUGGAUUCUCACAAGGGAGCUGGCCCCUCUCGUCGUAGUGACCUGCAGUCUCUGGGUUACUGUAUGCUGUAUUGGAUGACAGGCUCACUACCCUGGAGUCAGCUCUCUCAAACAAGCUCGGCCAUUGCUGCAGAGAAGGAGAGGUAUAUUUCUGAUAUCACUGGACUUUUGAGUGGCUAUUACAAACAGAAGAAAGCUUCAGGUGCAUUACAAAAAUACCUGUCUAAUGUGAUGAGCCUGCAGUAUACUGAGAAACCAGAUUACACACUUCUGAAAGCUGGGCUUCAUGAGAGCUUACAGAAGAUGGGUGGAAGUCUGAAUGAAUCACUGAAUUUGCAGGUGAAACCAUAAUGACAAGAGGUGUGGAAUGUGAUUGAAUGGUUUUAUGGAAUGUUUAAGAAAGCUUUAAUGUUUUACAAGCAACUUUUGUUGCAGUUUUUACAAUGAUAUUGCUGUGUGCGUGUUUUCUCUCAUAGGUCGAGUUUUAAUCACUGUGAUUUAUUAGUUGUUGUUUUUUUAAAUAAGAAAACAAUGUUUAUUUGUAAGAGUGACUUUUUAUACAACAAAUCAUUUCUCCCCAUUACAUUUCAUGCAAUCAGUGAAGGUAAAGGUUUUGUUGUAGGUUUACACUUUGGGAAAGGGCAUGUUCAUGUUAUAAAGAGAAUUAUUUUUGGCAUUUUUACUUUUUAUAAGUUGUAUUGUACCUUACUAAAAAUAAUAAACAACAG